GGAAGUCUCAGAGGCUGGAGAGCAGAGGAGCAAGAUCAUUCUGGCAGGAACAGCCAGUAGGAAGUUCUGGCUGAGAGUUCCCUAGCAGAGAGCUAGCCCACCAGCCAUCACUUACAGGACUGGGCUACAAGAACAGCAUCGUCAGCAUCAUGCUAUCACAGCCCAAGACCAAGGGAGACUUUGAAUCCUUUACUCCAAAUGACAUUAUCGUCCUCAAAAGGGAAAAACCUAAACACAGUGACCAAAAGGAAGAUAACCCAGAGAAUAGUCUGCAGGAAGAAGCUACAGUCCUUGGAAUUAUCCAGAUCCUGUGCUGCCUGUUGAUUUCAAGUUUGGGGGCUCUUUUGGUUUCUGCUCCCUACUCUUCCCACUUCAAGCCAACAAUUUCCACCAUUUUGAUGUCUGGGUACCCAUUUGUAGGAGCUCUAUGUUUUGCCAUUACUGGAUCCCUCUCGAUUAUUUCUGGGAAAAAAUCAACUAAGCCUUUUGCCAUGAGCAGCCUGACCUCAAGUGCAGUGAGUUCUCUCACUGCUGGAGCAGGCCUCUUCCUCCUUGCUGAUGGCCUGGCAACCCUGAAGACUGCCUCUCGAGGGUGUGAUUCAGAAAGGGAGUAUCUAGCCACACUGCCUUAUUCGAUGUACUAUUAUUCGGAAUAUGAAUUCAAGAACUGUCUCCUGACUAGUGUCAGUCUAACAGGGGUGCUGGUGGUGAUGCUGGUCUUCACUGUGCUGGAGCUCUUACUGGCUGCAUAUGCCUCCAUCCUUUGGUGGAAACAGGUGUACUCCAACAACCCUGGGAGUGCAUUUUCCUUGCCAAGGUCAAAUCCAACAUGUCAAAAAGCUCUUUAAGGUCACGGGCAGAAGUAAUGCCUCAGAAGAAAAAGGAGAAAUCCAGGGCUCCUGGCAAAGUGUGAUUAGACUUUCCUGAAAUUUCAGCUACUUUAUACACUGAAAGAAACUUGCAGAAAACAGCUUUUGUUUGGCACUUGCUCACUGUGUAAUUUCAUUGCUCUUGAAAAUAAUCUCACAAAAGCCCAUGUGGGUAAACUGAACAGAAAGUGAUUCGUCUACCCAUGAAUAAGGAGAGAAAAUGUGCUCUCUUGUGCUAGUGUGAAGUGGCUGAGUCACGUGGCUCCGCAGGCUCCGCUUCUGUAUUACUUUCACACUUACAAUGCUUAAACAUUAGGUAUUAGGGACUGCAAGAACUUUUAAAUUAAAAGUACUUUAGAAAUAUAUGGCUCCAUCUCUCCCAAUUGAAUGAAGUGAAUUUCUGGUCAAUUGAAUGUGGCUCAAUAUUCUGUCUCAUUUAAUGAUUUUAUUCUUAAAUAUCUGGCUUCAAAGAUCAUAAUUUAUCAUAAUGCUCUUCCCCAUCUAAGUUCUAGGCCAAAUAAGAAAUUAGCCAUGUAGAAAGAAUAUCCACUUUAUUACUGUACUGGAAUAAACAACAUGACCUAUCCAAUAGAGAGGGUCCCAAUAUUGUCCCCUGGGUCUAGGCCUUGGGUCCUAUCCCAAGGGAAGGAUGCAGCAGAAAUGCAAACAUAUGUUUUCCAAAUGACAUGUACAAAAAUGGUCAUAGAGGUAAUACACAUAAUUGCCUUCAAAAGGAAACUAUCCAAAUGACUAUAAACAAUAAAAGAGAGAAAUAAAAAUCGUGGUAUAUUCAUACACUGGAGUACUAAACAGUAAUGUAAGUGGGCAGACUAUAAUUACGUGCAGCCAUAUAGAUAAGUCCCACACAUAAUGUUCAAGGAGAAAAGGGCCAUGUAUAAAAGAGUACAUACUGUAUGAGUCUAUGUGUAUAAACUUUAAACACAAGUUAAACUAGUAGAUAGUGUUAGAAGCAGGACAGCUGUUACCCUUGGGGGGUAAGCAUUUACUGAAAGGGAACCCAGAGGGUCUAUGGGCUUGCAGAAACGUUCUUUCCUCGAUCUGGUGCUGGUAUCAUACCUAUAUGACUUGUGUUCUCUUGCUUCUAUGCUAUAAUUGAAUAAAAAUGUUUUUGAAGAAGUUACUUUUGACCCCUUGACCUGUCUGGUUAUUAAGCCAUCCCUCACUUCUCCAUAGUCAAUUUCCUUUGAAACAUCAUCUUCCAAAAACCUUGGAGUCAUCUUCGGCUCUCCUACUUUUUUCACACACUGUAUCUACUCCAGGCACAUGGGCCUUCUGCUGUCACAUAUUCUUUCUUUAGAAGAUUUACACUGGCAAGCCCUCUACCUGGAGUACUUUUUCUGCAAUUACUUCCAUUGCUUUCUUUCUCACUUCUCCAGGUUUUUCUUCAAAUCUCUUUAUUGCAGUGAAAUUUCCCCCACCAACCAACGUAAAAUUAUGGGCCCCUCUCCCAUUCACUUGCUUAUUUCUUCCCCAAAGCACUUACUACUAUCUGACAUACUAUGUAUUUUCUUUGUUUAUUAAUUGUAUGUCUACCCCCACUAGUCUGUAAGCAAGGACCCUCACUUACUAGUCUCCACUGAGGUUUUCAGCUCCUGCUUAUGUUUUCACACGUGUGUGUGUGUGUGUGUGUGCGUAUGUAUUAGUAUUUUAUACUGGGGUGAAGGGCCUUGAGAUUCCUCCUCAUUCUGUAAGCCAAGCAAUGCAAUAAAAUAUUUAA